AUGGCCCAAGCACUAUCCCGCACAUUAACACACCUCUCUUUGUCAGAAGAGCCGACACUGUCGCCCUCGACGCCACCCCCUCGUAGCCUUACCCCGCCAGGAAUGGAGCGCGAAACCGCUCAUCUCUGUGACUGUCCCUUGUCUGGCAACAUGAUCGAGCUCGAGAAGGCUGGCAUCGCCAUGCCCGUUUUUUACUACGGCUUCUUGAUGGAUCCUGACCUCUGGGAGAGCUGCAAGCCUCGCACGACACCGGCCGGGCCUAACAAGGUGACGCUCCUGUCGUACUUGUUUGUCUCGGCAAAUGGCCCGGGAGGAUCAGUUCCCCGAGUGCCAGAUCUUCGACUGACACCGGCCUUAGUACCAGAGGAGAAGUUAGCCCUGGUUGAUAGCUCGGCGAAGGAUGAGUGUCCGGCACUUGACUUGGAUGUAUUCCCGGUCGGAGAGAGUGUGAUGGUGCUGAGUUAUUUCACGAAUACUUACCCCAGCUAUGCGAAGAGGCCGACACAGGAAGAAAUGGAUCUCAUGGCGAAGGUUUUGGAUCAGCGACCUCGAUGGUGGCGGGCGUACUCAAUGGGUGGGUAG